UUAUGGGUUUACAGUACUAGCGAAGGUACUCAGUCAAAAUUCCACUUGUUUCUAGAUUACCCUAGAAACACCCACCAAUCGUUUCACACUAAGACUACCCUGCUCCGUACCAGCCAGCGAAACGACGACAAAGGACCCUUAUUAUACAAACAACUCACCACAGCCUUCCCCUCUUAUCCCUGGUUAGGAUAAAACAUUCCUUUAUCAUUUGAUUGAUCGAUCUUAAGACUCCCUAUACCUUAUUCAUCUCGACACUAGUGGCACCAUAUCAUGUCAAGCCCACUCUUUGGCAUCGUCCCUGCGGGCCAACCGCUCAUCACAGAACCGUCUUCAACCCCCUCGCCAACCUCACUACUCUACGCUCUCCCCACCACAAAACACUUCUCACAUAUUGUUGUUUUUAUGUUACCAGGCAUAAGUCUCCCGCCGAACACCGCUGCAGCAAUCUACCUAGCAACUGCCGCCGAUGUCGCAGCAGCAGCUCAGUCAGGUGGCACACCCAACUUCCGCUUUCUUGGAGGUAUAGGCCCUGGAAAGGAGAGCGCCAUGUUCAAGGUCAGCGGGGGAGGAGAGGCCAGCGAUUUAGUGAUUGGUAUAUCAGUUGAGCCAGAAGUGUCUGUUGGCCAGCGCUUGCAAGAACUCGCUGCCACCAAGUCUGGCAACUCAUCAGGCGGCCAGCCCAGUACGGCUAUACUCGCACAACGCAUCAUCCAGAACGCAUUCAAUUUUUUAUCGAGCUUCAGCGGUACAGCAGGACCUGGUGGUGUUGAGGUUGUGCCGCUCAAAGCCUUUGAAAACUGGUGGCGCAAGUUUGAAUCAAGAGUUCGGGCAGAUCCUAGUUUCCUGGAGAAGCAGUCAGAUUAGUGUUGGCUUAUAAGCAUCUGGAAAUGCCUGAUCAAAGCUUCAAGGUGUGUAUAACAUUAGGGCAGGGAAUAUAGUCAACGGCGAAAACGCGAGUCUGGCUGGUAUGGUGUUUAGGGGGGCGGGCAUCAUAGCAAUAAGCCAACAAACAAAAGUGUCUGCUUGAGCGACUGACAAAAUUGAUUAAUUGAAUACCAAUUCACACAACUGAGCGUACAUCCCUACCGAGAAACAACAUCGCUGUGAAACACUCCCAGAAGCUCCAAACAAAUAACGUAGUGUGAUAUCCAAGAGAGACCCCAAUUUCGUCCCC